CGGGUUGUUUACGUGUCCGAGGAGAGCGGGGCUUGGAGAGGUCGCAGAAGGACUGAAAGCUUGCGGAGCCGGCUCGAUUCGCACCCGCCCGGCCUCCUAGGGAGCCAGCCUGGCUUAGGCUGCAGCUUGUUUUAUUUUGGUUGUCUUUCCUUUUUCAUCUCGUUUGUCUUAAAACCCCCUCGGGGUUUCUUCGCGAUUUCCAGCCAUGGAGAUAGCGCAGCCCAGAGACCUGGAGCGGUACUUAAGCCUGGCCAAGAGGAGGCACGGGGAGCUGUGCCGGCAGAAACGGAUCUUCAACGCCAGGAACAGGAUCAUCGGGGGAGACCCAGAUGCCUGGGAUGCUCAGGUUCAUGACCAGAAGAUAAAAGAAGCAACCGAAAAAGCCAGACAUGAAACUUUUGCUGCUGAAAUGAGGCAAAAUGACAAAAUCACAUGCAUAUUAGAAGGCCGAGAAAGGAGAGAUAGGAAAAGCCUCUGUAAAGCCAUCAAUGAUUUCCAGCAGACCUUCCAGAAGCCAGAAACUCGCCGUGAAUUUGACCUAUCUGACCCCCUAGCCCUUAGGAAAGAUCUCCCAGCCAGGCAGUCGGAUAACGAUAUUCGGAAUACAGUAUCGGGAAUGCAGAAAUUCAUGGGAGAGGAUUUAAACUUCCACGAGAGGAAGAAAUUCCAGGAGGAACAAAACCGAGAAUGGUCCUUACAACAGCAGCGGGAACGGGAGAGUGCCCGUGCCCACCAAAGAUGUGCAGAGGACCUCUACUUCAAGACAAGGCUGCAGUUUGAUGAAACGGCCAAGCAUUUACAGAGUCUGGAAAGUGCCACCAGAAAGGCGGUUUGUGCAGCUGUGAAAGAAUUCAACAGGAACCAGGCCACCGAGUCAGCGGAAAGGAAGACUUGGGAGAAAAAACAAGAACAAGAAGACGACUUGGCCGAGAUCUCCAACCUGCUGCGUGGGGACCUGCUCUCCGAGAACCCGCAGCAGGCAGCCAGCUCCUUCGGGCCCCACCGCGUGGUCCCCGACCGCUGGAAGGGCAUGACCCGGGAGCAGCUGGAGCAGAUCCGUCUGGUUCAGAAGCAGCAAAUCCAGGAGAAGCUGCGGCUUCGGGAAGAAGAGUGGCAGCGAGACAGGGACUGGGACCGGCAGAGGGUGCAGAGGGCUCGCUCCACUCUGCUCGCAGAGCGGCAGCAGAAACGCCAGCAGCGGGACCUACGCCGGGCACUGGACUGCGCCAACCUCAGCCUGGCCAAGGAGCAGCGCUCGCAGAAAAAAUAUAUGGAAGAAGUCUGUACAAAUCAACCCACUGAAGGUUAUUUCACGCAAUUUAAUACAGGAAGUCGAUAGUGAAAAAGACACGGUCCUUGUCUUCUGAAUUGUUCAUGCAUAAAACGCAGCAGCCUUUUGAAGAGCCGCAUUUAUUACAAAGAAAUACACCCCGUGUUUCAGGAGUGA